GGGCCUUCCGGAGGUCGGACUCGUUCCCCGAGCGCCGCCCCCCCCGCAAGGGGAACACUCUGUACGUGCACGGGGCCGAGCUGAGCCCGGAGCUGCUGCGAGGGGCCUUCGGGCCCUUCGGGGCCAUCAUCGACCUCUCCAUGGACACGCCCAGGAACUGCGCCUUCGUCACCUACGAGAAGAUGGAAUCGGCCGACCAGGCCAUCGCCGAGCUGAACGGGGCCGUGGUGCAGGACGUGCAGCUCAAGGUCAGCAUCGCCCGCAAGCAGCCCCUGCUCGACGCCGCCACCGGGAAGUCGCUCUGGGGGUCCCUGGCGGUGAAGAACAGCGCCAAGGGCUCCCACCGCGACAAGCGCUCGCAGGUCGUGUACAACGAGG